AUGGCUUGGAGCGGGUCUGAUGGGGCUAUUGGAGUCACUCUAACUGGGCUGCAGUUCCUGAUGGUGAAUGUGAGGGUCGAGUGUGUGGUGAACAAGUUGGAUUGGACUGCAGUAUCCGUUGGUGUGGCUGCCAUUAUGGUGCUAAACUACACGUCCGUGUCUGAAUUCAUCCUCGUGGGCUUCUCUUCUUUCCCCCAUUUUCAGCUCAUUUUCUUCAUGCUGUUCCUGCUGAUGUAUCUGUUCACACUGCUGGGGAACCUGCUCAUCAUGGCCACCAUCUGGAGUGAACACAGCCUGCAUACACCCAUGUACUUCUUCCUUUGUGCCCUUUCCAUAUCUGAGAUUCUGUACACCUUUGCCAUCAUCCCACGCAUGUUAGCAGAUCUGCUCUUCACCCACAGCUCCUCCAUCACUUUUAUGGCUUGUGCUAGCCAAAUGUUCUUCUCCUUCAUGUUUGGUUUCACUCACUCUUUCCUGCUCACUGUCAUGGGCUAUGACCGCUAUGUUGCCAUUUGUCAGCCUCUGCGCUACAAUGUGCUCAUGAGACCCCAUGGCUGUGCCUGCCUGGUAGCCUGGUCUUGGGCUGGUGGCUCAGUCAUUGGUAUGGUGGUGACAAUGUCUGUAUUCCAUCUGACUUUCUGUGGAUCCAAUGUGAUCCACCACUUCUUUUGCCAUGUACCACCUUUGCUGAAGUUGGCUUGUGGACAUGAGGCGCUGGUGGUUGCCAAGAGUAUGGGCCUGAUGUGCGUCACAGCUCUGUUGGGCUGCUUCUUCCUCAUCCUUCUAUCCUAUGUCUUCAUUGUAACCACUAUCUUGAAAAUACCAUCAAUUGCGGGUCAGUACAAAGCCUUCUCUACCUGUGCGUCCCACCUUACUGUGGUGGUUGUGCAUUAUGGCUUUGCCUCUGUCAUCUACCUCAAGCCCAAUGCUUCACAGUCUCUGGAAGGAGAGUCUCUGAUGGGCAUAACCUACACAGUCCUCACUCCCUUCCUCAGCCCUAUCAUCUUCAGCCUCAGGAACAAGGAGCUGAAGAUUGCCAUGAAGAAAAGCUUCUUCAACAAACUCUUUCCCCAGAACUCCUAA